ACAGACCGUUGAACACACCGAAAUGAUGCUCUGCGUGAGUUUGCUCCUGUGGAUAACGGUGGCCAGUGCAUCGACUGACCUUUACGUGACAGGAGCAUCGGUGGUCAGCGCCGCACCUCCGGUUACAUCCCUCGCCGGCUCCCGUUAUGCUCCCGAGGAGUACGGGCGUCCCGGGAUUGCGCUCGCCCGGUCUGCGGAGGAGCCGGCCAGCACGAGCACAGAGGACGGAGAGUCCUCUCACCAGCACGGAAGCGGUUACAAGAUAGUGCAGUGGGAAUGGAGCUACGUGCAGACACCGUACAUUAUAGCCAUCUGGCUUUUGGUUGCCAGUGUGGCGAAAAUACUGUUCCAUUUCUCUCAGCAUUUCACCACGGUGGUCCCAGAGAGCUGUAUGCUGAUUCUGUUGGGUCUGGUUCUUGGUGCAGUGGUCCUCAUCGCCAGCAAGAAGCAGCCCUACCAACUGGAGCCAUGGCUCUUUUUCCUCUUUCUCCUGCCAACUAUAGUGGGCGAUGCUGGGUAUUUCAUGCCAGCACGGCUCUUCUUUGACAACUUGGGAGCUAUUUUGAUGUAUGCUGUGGUAGGCACAUUGUGGAAUGCCUUCUGCACUGGAUUCUGUCUCUACGGCUUUAAAUUGGCAGGGGUCAUAGAUGAAAAAGUAGAGGCCGGUUUGAUGGAGUUUUUGUUGUUUGGAGCUCUGAUCUCGGCUGUGGAUCCUGUUGCAGUGCUCGCAGUCUUUGAAGAAGUCCAUGUGAACGAGACACUCUUUAUCAUUGUCUUUGGCGAGUCACUGCUCAAUGAUGCUGUCACUGUGGUCUUAUAUAAAGUAUAUAUAUCCUUUGUGGAGGUGGGACCAGGGAAUGUUCAUACUGCAGAUUAUUUUAAAGGAAUUGCCUCCUUCCUCAUUGUCAGUAUUGGAGGAACUUUGGUUGGUCUCAUCUUUGCCGUUAUUCUGGCCUUUGUCACUCGUUUUACGAAGAAGGUGCGCAUCAUAGAGCCGCUUUUUGUCUUCCUGUUGGUUUACCUGGCCUACCUAACAGCAGAACUCUUCUCUCUUUCCUCUAUUCUUUCGAUGACUUUCUGUGGCAUUGGAUGCAACAAGUAUGUGGAGGCCAAUAUAUCCCAGAAGUCCCGGACCACUGUGAAGUACACCAUGAAAACCUUGGCCAGCAUCGCGGAGACAAUCAUCUUCAUCUUUCUGGGCAUCUCAGCUGUGGACAAAUCCAAAUGGGCCUGGGACACUGGCCUUAUUGUCAGCACACUCAUAUUUAUCUUAAUCUUCAGGGCCAUAGGUGUUGUAGGUCAGACGUGGUUUCUAAACUGGUUCAGACUGGUUCCCCUGGACAAGAUUGAUCAAGUGGUGAUGUCAUACGGUGGCCUGCGAGGUGCUGUGGCUUUUGCACUGGUGGUACUUUUAGACAAAGAACAGGUGAAGGCAAAAGACUACUUUGUGGCAACAACUAUAGUUGUGGUUUUCUUCACUGUCAUGUUUCAGGGUUUAACCAUCAAGCCUUUAGUGAAGUGGUUGAAAGUGCCACGCAGCACAAACAGAAAACCCACCAUAAACGAAGAGAUCCAUGAGCGUGCCUUUGACCACAUUCUGACAGCUGUUGAGGACAUUGCCGGCCUGAAUGGCUACCAUCAUUGGAGGGACAAGUGGGAGCAGUUUGACAAGAACUACUUGAGUAAGUUGUUGCUGAGAAAGUCUGUGUACCAUAAGAGUGAGCUGUGGGAGGCCUAUCAGAAAAUCAACAUCAGAGAUGCCAUCAGUGUCAUUGAUCAGGGUGGGAAUGUGUUGACCUCUGCUAGACUCUCUCUUCCUUCAAUGGCUAGCAGAACAUCUUUCCCAGAAGUCACAAAUGUUACCAACUACCUGAGGGAAAAUGGCAGUGGGGUGUGUUUAGACCUCCAGGUGAUUGAUACAGUGCCAGGAGCCAAGAUAGAGGAGGAGUUAGAGACACAUCAUGUACUUGCAGGAAACCUCUACAAACCCAGGAGACGGUACCAGUCCCAUUACAGUCGCCACUUCAUGACAGUGGGGGAUCAAGAGAGACAGGACAGGGAGGUGUUUCAGAGGAAUAUGCGUAACCGCCUGGAGUCCUUCAAAUCCACUCGCUACAAGCGCCACAAGAAGGACCGCAGCCAGAAAAAGCGGAAAGGGUCAGAUGCUAAAGAACAAGACAUCAACGAAAAACCCAGACGAAAUGUCAGCUGGCAGGAUAAAGACCCAGUUUUGGUUCCUCUAGCCCCUGAGGAGGAGAAACUUGAUCCUUCUGAACCAGAUAAAGAUGAGGAUGUGGGGAUCACUUUUGUGGCUCGCAAGGCCCCAGAAACACCAAAGGAAAGACCAAAAUCAGUGCCGGCUGCACUGGAUGUGUGUCAGAGCCCAGUUGCAGCCCCUCCCUCACUCACAUGUGGAGAGAAAACCCUGCCAUGGAAAAGCGGCAUGGGUUCCCUCCCACCUUGUGUGUCAGUGGAGGCCACUAAGAUUAUCCCUAUAGACCUGCAGCAGGCCUGGUAUCAGAGCAUCUCCUCUCUAGAGAGCCUGUCCUCUCCCCCUGCUCCUCCGGAGCCUCAGCACCCGCGCAUCAGUGCCCUCUCGAGGCUGGGAGGACCCCCGCGGACCCCUGUGAAAGGAAAAAGUGGUGGUGGUGGUGUAGGACCAGGAAGUAGUGCAACUGCCCCAAGUUCAGGGCAGUUCCAGUUCCCUACAGGGAAGGAGGAAGAGGAGGAAGGCACUAUCUCUCAGCAGCAGCAGGAAAUGCAGCCACUAAUGACAUCUUUGAGGCCGCCACCCCCUCCGCCGCCUGCUGCUGCUGCACAAGCUGCUGGAAAGAGAAGGAAUCCUUGUGUUUAUCUUCGGAGUCUAGUGACAGCGCCACCUUCUGGGGAGAAACAUAGCAGGCGGCCAACCCAGCUGUAGAAUCUCGUUCUUUCUUUCCAAUUGUUUCUUUCUUCUUUUUCGGACCCUUAAUCGUCUUCCUGCUGGUAUCAUUCUCUUCAUAAUCUCAGGUGUGCCCUGCUCAGGCCAGACUUUAUUUUUUUGUCAGAAAAUUCCUUUCUAAGAGACAAUAAAUGUGAUUUUUUUUUAGCACUUAGGGUUUAGAAACGGUUUGAGUUUGCUGACUGGCAACAGCUGAGGGUCCAGUUUUUGUGUGUACAGGGCAGUUCCUCUCACACAGGAAAAUCAUUCAAUUUUCCAUAUUUGUAUUUUUUUUUUAGCUUGAAGUGCUCUGCCCUGUAUUGUAUACCUCUGUAUAUAAAAAGGGUCAAAGUGUAAACCUAUUGAAUAUACAGUACUGUGCAAAAGUUUUAGUCAAUUGUGAAAAACUUUCAAAGUGAGGAUUUCUGAAAAUAAUGACAUAAAUAGUUUUCAUUAAUCAAUUAAUGUCAUACAAAGUCCAGUAAACAGAAAAAGAGCUAAAUCAAUAUUUGGUGUGAACACUUUGCCUUCAAAACAGCACCAAUUCUACUACUUACACCUGGACACAGUUUUUCUUGGUUGUUGGCAGAUAGGAUGUUUCAAGCUUCUUGGAGAAUUCGCCACAGUUCUUUUAUUUAUUUAGGCUUUCUCAAUUCAGUAUCUUCGUGUAAUCCCAGACUGACCCGAUGUUCAGUGGGGGGCUCUGUGAGGGCCAUGCCAUCUGUUGCAGGGCUCCCUGUUCUUCCAUUCUAAUCAUUUCUAUUUGCAAAAGUAAUGUUUGGGAGUAUAAAAUGUGUAUUUCCUAUUGACACACUAAAGUAGCAGAUAUAAAUAACCAUCUUAAACAAAUGUUUUUGUGAAACAUCUUAUGCACCUAAGACUUUUGCACAGUACUGUAGAAAAGGCUAAACCACAUCGGUGGAAAAAUGUUAUGAAAGAUUAAAACAAUUCUCUUUACUACAUCACAGAUAGCACAUUUCCAUUAGGGCCACAUGUCUUCAGUCCUACUUGCCCAAUUGGGCACAGUGUCAGCCAUAUCAUCAGUAUCUUUACAUCAUUUUUAAAUAAUCUGUUAAUUAUUGGACAGCUCCCAAUAUGUUGUAAAUAGGCAAACCCACUCCAACUACAGAAACGGAUAGUCAACCUUAGGCAAGUAAUUCUUGAUCAUUUUCAUUGGAAGCAGUCAUACUGUGCAGGAUCCAUCAGCUUCAAUGCAGCACAUGAUACUGUAUGUUAUUUCUGGCUUUGUUUUGGCAUACAAGCAUUGUCUCUAAUACUUGUUUUAAUUUAUUUUGAAUGAAUAUUUUUGUCCAUGCCUUUCAUGCUUAUAAUUGCUUAUUAUAUAUUUGUUGUGAAUCUGUACUUUAAUCCACAAAGCCACAAAUAACUGUUUUAAUAAGCAAAGUGUAUACAAAUUUUUAUACUUUCAUUCUUGUUCUUCAUUACAUAUUUUUAUAAUCUUCAUUCUGCAGGUGUGUGCUGCAAUAUUUAUAAUCAUAGAAAAUUAGUUAUUGGUCUUUUGUGUGCUUUAUCAGUAGUAGGGGCUGGAAAACUGUCACUGUGUAAAUCUUGUUCCUAAUGAAACUGUAGGUCAGAUGUGCUGCUGAAUAUCUACAAAAUCAUAUACAAAGAUAAUGCACAGACACAUCUAUGUAACUGUAUUGCUCUUCUUUUAUUGAGAUUUAGUUUGACCAGCCCAUAUACAGACAUAAAUGCUCAGAGAUAUAAAUAGUAUUUUAUUUUGAGGCUGAAUAGAACUGUUUUAAGUUAUUUGCAGUAUGGUAAAGACAUUCAUAGACUCCCAGUCUAUUGCUCUAAACCAUAUUGUCAUAAUAUCAUAAACAGAAUUGAGGUUUUACACUUAAAUGAAAAGCCAUUUAAUUCAAAUAUAUGGCAUUGUUUAAGCUGCUGACCCAUUAUUUUGUAUUGCUGUGUUUUUAUACUGUAUGUAUAUAUUGAGGAUUGUUGUGCCUUGAGAGGUUGUGGGGUGAGAUGCUGAGAAAGAGUCCUUAUCAUUUGACCCCUUUAAAUUACAUUUACAUGUGUUCAUUUAAGCAGAUGUUUUUAUUCAAAGCGAUGUACAAAUAAAAUGUAAUUGGAAUUAAAUUACCCACCCGUUAAAUUAAAA